AGUCUGUGGUCCAACUGGCUUCAGAUGGUGUGUGUUAUGUGCGUGUGCCUGCCUCCUGAGUGAGUGAGACGAGCUGGAAUCACGAGCCAGGGUUGUUCCAAGUGGUUUUAAUCAGCAGCCCAUUAGAGGAGAAGGGAAAACUUCAAACAGGGUAAGAACCAAGUUGUUCCAGUAACUCCAUGGGAAGGUGUUCCCCAAACCUCUGCUCCUUUGGAACUUGUGACUUCUUGCCUGGUACCAGGAAAACACUCAGCAGCAGAAAUGGGAAAAUUCAUUGUAGUUUUGGGUAAAGUGUGCCUCUGACAUUUUUUACCCUGACGUGGCUACUUGGACUGCAUCUGCAAUGUGGCAAAGGGCAAUGUGAGGUCGGCAAAGAGGCCAUGGUGUGUGGGCAAGUCCCCAGAUGCCGCAGGCUUUGUCGCCCUCGUCCCUUCCUUCUGGCCCUGGUGGUGGCCCUCUGUCUGUUCUGCCAGACCCUGACUCCUCUCAUGACCAGCAGCAUCCUUUCAGCAGUUGUUAAUGGGAUUGCACCCAACAAACUGACUAAAACACAGCAAGGAAGAUACAAGGAGGUCUCCCCAAGCACCAUUCACUGCUUCCUCCCUGGCAGCUAUUCAGAGACAGUGAAAAAGAUCGAUGCCUCCAUUCUCCAGUACUUUGGAAGCCACACAAGAAGAGCAGUUCUCUAUGCACCUCCUGCUCACCAUGAAACUGACCGUCUGCUCUGUCAGCGAAUCCUGGCAAAACAUGGAUAUACAGUCACAGUCCUUGAAAACAGGGGACUCGUGGAAGAUCUGAGGCAUGAGGGCCCUUACAGUGGUAUGAACCCUUGGGAUCUUUUCAUUUGCUUAUCGUCCAGAAAAAAUGGUGGCACUGGCUGCUUUCAAACAGAAGAUUUGCAUAAUCUAGAGCUUUUCCAGAAGGUAAACCUACUUCCAGAAAUCCAGCAUUUUCUUUGCAGAAAAGAGGGAUUAUGCCAGAUAACAAAAGCCUUUUCAGAUCUGCAGCUCCCACUUGUGACCCCAGACUGUUCUGGCCAGCCGGGACUGUCAAGGGCCAGCACUGCACGAAAUGUGUCCCAGGGCAGCGCAAUCACUGAGCGGGCACGUGCCUCCCAUCUGCAGCACUGGUGGAAGCAGAGCAUGAGCACAAAGCUGAAUCAAGUAUCAACAUCAGACCACAAUAACGUCCUUAAAGCUCAAGACUUUUCUGUAAUCAUCAAAGCAUAUGUGCUUGUGACAUCCUUAACACCUCUGCGGGCAUUUAUUCAUUCAACCACCACUGUCUGGCAUCCACCCAAGAAGAAGCAUUUUACCAUAAAGCUGCAAAAGUUUUUUGAGAUAUUCUUCAGGAAUAGUUCUCCCCAACAAGCCUUCAACAACAUGAAGGAGGCUAUAAACAAACUUCUACUCAUAACUGAGGUCUUCAGCAAAUCAUCUGCCUCAGGACCAAAUUCUUUCCAUCAAUGCAGCCAAUGUUUUCAAAUGCUAACCUUUGACAUUGGAUUCAGCAUGUCCAUACAACCAGUAGUUCUUAAGGUGCAUGAAAACUUUGACUUCCAAGUUGAGAAUGAAUCAACUACUCAGGACCAAAUUUCCAAAGAACUUCUUUUUGAAGAUACAUUUAAAUUUCUCUUAUCUAAUGAAUCCUCAACAUCCAGUUUCAUAGAAGCUUUGCAAAAAGUAUAUGAUUCAUCUGUGAGCAAGGAUGGAACAUACAACAGGGAAGAUGAGCAAUGUUUCUCUUUGAGAGAGAUAAAUUCAAUGACUACUUUCAUAAAGGAGCUGAAGAGUCUUGGACAAUUUGAGCUGCUUUUUCCUUCUUCUGCACCCAAGAUCCAAAUGUUGCUGCGCGACCUUUAUCGAAUGGUAGAUCCAAUGAGGCGGCUUAGUUCAGUCCUGUCUGUGCAUUGGUUGCUUUCCAAUGUCCUUCAACAGUUCCAGUUCAUGAAUAAAGAGGCACAUACAAAUCUUUCAGAGUGGCAACUUUCUCAAGAAAAUAUGAGUCCUAAGCAGAAUGUUCCUUCUGACUUCAGGAAAAAUCAUGAAGCAUUGCAUUAUUCCAGUAAGACUGGAGAAAGACAAUGCAGUUAUGAUAAAGAUACCCUCUCUCAUAUCAGACAGAUCUUCACCAGUCCACAGCUGGAUUUGAAUCCUCAGUUUAACCCAAAGAUCAGAGAAUACUAUGCAGAAGUGCCAUUUGACAUGGUGACAGUGAAGAUAGGAGCAGAACCCUCCAACUGUCAAUGCCAUGUACACCUCGACAACAAGAAAGGGCCAAGCAUUGCUAACUACCCCCUUGGCCUUGGAUUGAACAAAGUCAUCAUUCUCUUAACGGAUGAUUCGCAGCCCAGCCCCGAGAUUGUGAGCAGCUACAGAAUCACAAUUUAUCGAGAAGACCGCCCUAGCCUCCCUUUGUUUGAUGACUAUAUGGUGUGUGGGUUUGUGCAGGACUGUGGUUCCAAAAUUCUCCCAGAGGAGUCCUGUGGCUUGCAGCCUCUCUCUCAUGAAUACCUCUCAGCAAUUUCACAGACAGUGUUUAAGACCUGUGAAGCUGGAGACACGAAAGGGCAAUGGAUUGUUCCUUGCCUCAGCUGCUCUGACAACAGGACCUGUGACUGGAGAGCAAUAACAUGGCAGCCCCACGGCUGCCGCCACUCUGUGCUGGCCAAGCCCGAGCUCCAGCGCUGCGUGGAGGGCAGAAAGAUUCUUUUUAUAGGUGACUCAACUAACAGGGGGAUGAUGUAUUAUCUAAUUGAAAGAGUGAAUAAGACUCUUCAGGAAUGGCAGAAGACUCAUGAUGUUAAAUUUUAUCACAAUAUCAAUGAGGGGAAAACAUUUAUCAGUUACUCCUACUACCCCCAGUUCUGGAUGAAUGCAAACCAGAGACCGACUUUUGAGAAAGCACUGGAACAGCUCCUGCAGAGAUCACGUCCCCUGGAGAACACAGACCAGACCGUAUUAAUUGUAGGUGGUGUUCAGUGGCUUAAUUCCAAUCACCUUCAAAUUAUCCAAAAGGUGUUGAAUAGGGAAAAUCUAUCAAAUAUCCUGGUAAUUGUCAAAUCCAUAGGGAUGGGCUUUCAUCUUCCAGUGGAUGGAAUCCAUUCUCUGUCACAGGCAGAAGUGCAAAACUUGUGGAAUGAAAACUUGAUUAUUCUGGAUACAGCAAAAAAUUUGGGCUAUGAAGUGGUUGACACCUUUGUCAUCACCAUGGGACGUUACAAGGAAUUCCUGCAAGGGAAGUGCGGCUGCCAUUUCCAUGAGGUGGUGAAAUCCAAUCCCUCUGAAGAAAGGUCACACAUAGCAAUGACAUUAUCAAGGCACUAUACGCUGGGGAAAUAUUUCAGCAGUCAAAGCAAACCAUCACAACUGCAGGACCAUGCAACAGAUUCUCAGUCCCCAUAUCAUGUCCAAGGUCCAAUAAAUCAAGUUUAUUCUGAAAUCCUUCUCAGCAGGCUCUGUGCAAGUAAGAGGGAGUUUGUCAGCACAUAGCCUCUCUUGGAUGUAGCACUGAGACUGGAGAAGUGCCACUGCCUCAGUGACAAUUGAAGGAUCACGGUGGUCCUUGACUGACUGCAUACACACAAAGAGAGUUUGGGACAUGUGGUAUUUUCUCAAGAACCUUAUGAAAUUAAGAUAUGCCCUGGUGACUCUGUUGUGUAAAAGUGGAAGAUGGAGGGUUGCAAAGGAAAGAAGAGGGGAAGUUGUUUGAACUGUUGCCAAAGACUAGAACAGCUGUAGUUCAAGCACGUGUGUAUUAUUGAUAGUAAAAAGAGACCUGUAUAUUCACUUGAACAUUUGGAAAGGGCUGUUUUAGGUCUUCAGCACUAUGUAGUUUUUAUUUAUACAGACACUGUAAUAUUUGAAUGUAUUUAGAAACUGACUACAUUCCGUUUGAUUAAGUUUUAUGUUAUGUGGACAUGUUUCCCUCCCAUAUUAAACCUUUUCUGUCUAGACACUUAAUUUAUAGAAUUUGAAAAUGUCUGUUAUCAUUUUACUGAUGAUGCUGAGUUUUGAACUCUAGUGUUUUUAGUGAAAACACAUCUCUUCUUUUUAUCUGAGAUGGAACAGAUAUCUACUCUAUUUUUUCACAUGUUCUGAAGCUAAUAGGGAGAUAGAUUACCUAUACUUGAGAUUGAUUGAAACUGUCUCAAUGUAACAUGUAAAUAUAGUGGAUUUGUUAACAUUAAUUUAUUUAUGAUCCCAGUUUAGGAGAGUGUCCAUAUGCAGGAAGAAUGCUUAGAUAAGUGCUUUAGUGUCUGCCUUGGCCUGUAAGCCAAUCAAGUAUUCUUCCUGCAAAGAAUGCCAUUUUUUAAAUGAUUUUUUAUAAAAUACUUGCCCAUAUGUGAAGCCAGAACCACAGACAUAACAAAAAUCCCCCUGCAAGCACACAUAAGAUUUUCAGGAUCUGGUAAUUUAUCAAUCAUAAGAAGUGUGUGAUGUGAUGGCAGCAGAAUAUACUGCCAGCAUUUCUUGCUUGGCACAGACAAGACCUUCUCUGAAAGCCAGUUUCAGUUCAGACCUUCUCUGAACUGCAGUUUCAUGCUGCAGCCCAGCUACAUCCCCAGUGUUUGCAGACCUUCUUUGGGUGACACCCCAGGGAGA